AGCCUUAGUCAUUUCCCCGCUCCAGCCUGCGCCCGCCUGAGUGCGCACUCACGGCCGCUCUCCCUCCUCGCCCCGCAGCCGCGGCCCAUGGAGCCCGCCGGCCCCGUCCCCGGCCGCCUCGGGCCGCUGCUCUGCCUGCUGCUCGCCGCGACCUGCGCCUGGUCAGGGGUGACAGGUCAGGAGCUGCAGGUGAUUCAGCCUGACAAGUCCGUGUCGGUUGCAGCUGGAGAGUCGGCCACUCUGCAGUGCACGGUGACCUCCCUGCUCCCUGUGGGGCCCAUCAAGUGGUUCAAAGGAGCUGGACAAGACCGGGAAUUAAUCUUUGAACAAAAAGGAACCCAUGUCGCCAGGGUAUCAACUGUUUCAGACCUCACAAAGAGAAACAACACGGACUUUUCCAUCCGCAUCAGUAACAUCACCCCAGCAGACGCCGGCACCUACUUCUGUGUCAAGUUCCAGAGAGGAAGUCCUGACACCGUGGAGAUCAAGUCUGGACCAGGCACCGAGGUGUCUGUGAGUGGUGAGUACAGCGUGGGCCUCCUUCAGUCCCUGGUGAAUGACACGAAGUUAAUAAGAACACCCUCCGUGCUUUGA